AUGACAGACCAAUUCGCAUACACAUACCCCUCACCAUUGGAGGGGUAUGAGAAUCUCGAACCACUCCCGGAAGAGAGAAACGAUGACGGAAAGUCUUUCAAGAAUCCGCAACAUGGGAUCUUGAGUAAGGCGUAUGAGGAAUUCCCGGAUCCUUUGUCUAAGGGACGACGGGGAGGGUUUGAUAUUCACAUCUAUCAUUUUCAGAACAACCCAGACCAAGUAACCUACGCAAGAGCUCUCUGGGAACGAAUCCGCCGGGAAUUCCCCGAACUCCGUAUCUACACCUUCUUCGACCGCCCCGUAGGCCCUCAUCCCGUCGCCAUGUUCGAAGUUAACCUUUUCACGCCCGCGCAAUUCGGCGCUUUCAUCCCAUGGCUGGUGAUCAAUCGCGGUCCGCUGAGUGCUCUGCUACAUCCGAAUACGGCUGAUUCGGAGGAGGAAAGGAAUCAUACGCAAAGAGCGACGUGGUUGGGGGAGAGGAUUCCGUUGGAUUUAAGAGUGUUUAAGUUGAUGAAGGAGAGAGAGAAGAGGGAAGAAGAGGAGAGGGAGUGGGAAAAGAAAGCUGUUGAGGGGAGGUUAUGA